AUGAAAGACUCACAGAAAAGCUCAUCAAGCUACAAUCCAGGAUAUUAUUCAUCGUCAACAACAUCAAACUCUGAAGAACCUGAUGAGAUUCUCUGCAACAUCGCUUUAAAGCUAAAGAAUUCUCCAACAAUGAGCAUCAACGCUGCUAAACAGCAAAUGAGUUUUCAAGGAUCGGUUCUAGAAUCAUACGAAGAUCUGGUAGCUGGGAAAAUUGGAAAUUCUGAACUGACAAAGGAAGAUUACGACCAGAUAGAUCCAGAGGUGAUGGAACUCAUUGAUCUAAAUGGUGUUUGGCAAGCUGCAUUUGAAGAGCUCAGCGGUUCAUGGAUAUUACUGCAAAAGGGUCAUUUUAAAAGAGAAUGCAGAAACUCUGUUGUUAAAGAAACUGCUAAUCCGUUUAAAGGCGAUUACUAUCAAAAAGCGAUCUAUCAGAGCAGAGAGGAAUCACCAAGGUUGAAACAAAUUGAAGAUAAUUCUGAGAAAGAGAAGUCAAGAGCAUGUGUUGUGAUCCAAGAUGAUGAAGGGUAUGACUGGAGUAAAGUACUUCCAGAAGAAGAUGCUGUCGGUUACACGUUCACAGCACAUGGCAAAACUAUAUCAACGAAUAAACAUAGUGCGUUUGUUGCUGUUGUGAAAGAGAAAACAAAAGAAGAGAUUCUGAAAGAGAAGACAUACAGAGAAAGAUGUAUUGUUGGGUAUCGAAUUGAAGAGAUGGAGAAAGAAUAUGAAGAAGCGAAGAAUUAUGGAAGAUACGACAAGAAACGAGAAUGUUAUGUCAACAGCAAAGUAAUCCCUCUAUCUGGCGAGUACUAUUCAAAUGUUGCGAAAGAUAAACAUUAUGAGAAAAAUCUGGAUAAAAUCAUCAGAGAUGUCAUGACAGCGAAUCUAAGACAUAGAGAUGAAGAGAGGAUGAAGAAGAAUGUUGAAAAUCUGGUGGAUGAACUAAAGAAGGUUGCUGAAGAAAAGAAAGUGGAAGAUGUCAAAGAAGAAGGUGAAAAAGAAGAACAGAAACAAGAAAAAGAAGCUGUUACUGAAGAACAGCAGAAUGAAGAGGAUCUGAAGAACAAAGAAGAAGAUGAUGUGAAGUUGGAAAGUUCAGUUGAAGAGAUCGAUGCUGAUGGUGCUGGUGAGAAACAUCAAGAGAAAGAAGUUGCUCAGACACAGACGACAGAGAUAGUCAAGGAGCCAAUCACUGAGUGCAAGAAAUUCAUGGAAACAUGCAGUGCUUGUACUGUAAAAGAUGAAAAAUUCAGAACAAGAGAUUUAGAAUUCACUAAAAUCGAAAAAAGUUUAGAAAAAAAUGAGAUUUUGAAAGAAAAGGUUUCAAAAAUGACUGAACAAUGUGUACAAAAGGAAAAUGCUUUCCAAGAAAUGAAAAAGGAGUACGAUUCAAUAAAACUUGCAUACCAUAUCACUAAAGAAUCAUAUGAAGACGUGAAGAGCCAAAUGAAACUUGUUCAAUCAAGAUUGAAACAUUGUUCUGAAACAUCUGAUACGCUUAAGCGACAGUAUGAAAUAAAACAACAAGUUGUUAAUUCUUACAUUGAAGAUGUUGCUAAGCUAAAGCGUAAAAUAGCUGAUUUAGAACAAGAUAACAAGUUAAACAAUUAUCACGCUUCAUCAUAUGUUCUUGAACGCAUUUUCAAUCUAAACCCGGAUGGUAAAGAUUUUGAGCAAAACAAGAAAGGAAUUGGCUCGGAAUAUCAUCAGGUACUCCAGAAAGAGGAUGAAUAUCAAAUCAACGAAGGAAGCAGCCUGGCACGAGAGGAGGAGGCUGCUGAACCCUGCAACUAA